GAUCCACUCAGCUGGCUUUGUUUACUUAGACAAAAUUUCAAAAAUCAGUUUUUGUUUUGGCAAUUAAUUUACAAUCUUGGGUGAACAAAGUGCACGAGACAACGAUACACCCACAUUUUAUGAAUAUCUUUUGAAUUCUUCCCAGAGUCUGCCUGGAGUGCGUUCUGAAUCUAUACCCACACGUACCAGUCCCAGAUCAAGUUCAUUUUAUUCAAAAUGUCGUCAACUGUGGUGCCAGCCCCAGACAGAGAAAAUACCAGUGCUCAUUUAGGAAACAAGAUGAAGCAGUUUCAAGGAACUGGUAGCCACAGUAAAUAUGGAGCAUUGCCAACUGUGACCAGUCAUGCACAGAAAAAAUUUGGCCUGCCAAUAGGGGGUUCUCAAACUGGUCAGCGAUCAUUUGGAGACAUCAGUAACAGAAUUGGCACAGUGGCUACUAAAAACCAGAGUGCUGCCAAUAAAAAAAUUCAAAACCAGUCUGCAAAUGAGAAUUGGCAAAGUUUCUCAUCUUCCACUGAAAAGAAUUUACAACCAGAACCUGAAUUCUUCCCUGAAAUAACAGAAACAGAAGAUUACUUUGACAUUUUUCCAUCGUCCCUCCAUUUUUCGGAUGAACACCUCUCGCAGCUCGUUAAAUUCUGGGAAUUGUGCCGUCUACCUGAAUUGAGCACUCUUCCUUCUGCCAUUCAGAGUUCGCCCCCAAGGCAUCUUUCAUUGAGUAGCGUUCAAGAUAAAGAGCCUGUCUAUUUGGAGCCGGUCUUGGAGGAGAUAUACGACUUGCCACCACCACCAUGGGAAUAAAAAUACAUGGAUGAAGAUCAAAUUUAAAGCAUGAAGGUGUGUUUGUGGCACAGUGAAUUUUUUGUGUAUUUUAAGCAAGACUACUGUCGUAUGUGAACGGUGUACUGUAUCUAGAACUUUACUACACAAUUGUAAACUGAUUUCUUUUAUUGGGUACUGUAUUAAAACCUGUAAUCCAUAGAUGCUGUGUUCGAGCAUUGUUUUAAGCAUCAUGCAUCGGCAUAAUUUGCCACAAAAAUAACACCAGAUUUCUUAGUUGCAUGUCCCAUCACUUAGUUUCAUAUGAUUCUUUUUAUUUUGUUACCCAAGUAAUUUCUUUCACUAUUUGUUUAAAUUUGUAUUCACCAAAUAUUUUUGGGUUUAUUAAGUUCUAAAUUGUAUGGCAUUUUUUCUCAAAUGCAAAACUGAAAUACUCAUUCUAUUAAAAACUCGGUGUUCUUUAAAGCAGGGUAUAUUUUCAGUAAAGAUAAAAAGUGCAGCUUUAUAUUUUUGUCUCAUUGCAGGGAAAAAUUAAAAAUUCAGGUUUCAGGGAUACCAAAGAAUGUGUACAGUGCUUAGUCUAGUUUUCACACUGUUGUAAAAGACUAAUAUAAGAUAGGCAAAGUCUUAUUAUUCUUGUCCUUGAUGCUUGUGACCUUAUCAAUGGCUAAUGUAUUAUCCAUUUUUUUUUUUUUCUAAUUUUUAAGGGUGCCUUACAUGGAAAAAAAUUGCCUGUUCUUACAAAUAAAGCCUUUGGUAGUUUUGUUGUAUAAACAAAAAAAUAAAAAAGGAUGCAUCUUUUUGAAAAAUGUUUUUAUUUGAAAAAAUAAUUAAGUGGAUGAGUUUGCAUUCUCUACUUUUUCAGCCUUUGUUUUCCCUUGGCAAACAAAUUGCAUUUUAUUAAUGGUAAGUGGCAUUUUUAAAUGUAAAUAUGCAACUGCAUUUCAUUGACAUCGUUGUUAAGACUUGUAUCAUUAUUUUUACUAACUUUUUUAUAUUUUGUAUUUUUAUUUUAGUUAUAGGUAUAACACUUUGUAAUAGUGAGCACUUUGUAAUACACUGUACUGUAUGUAUAAAAUAAAUACUGCUAAUAUUGAUAUAAC